AUGAAAGUCGCAGUUUUCGCUUUAGUCUUUGCUUUCGCAGUUGCCACCUGCUAUGCUGCAACCGCACAAGUUGAAACCAGAUUAUUAGGAUGCACUUGCCCCAACUUGUUAACCGGUGUCGCCGAUUUGAUUACCCAGCUCCAAACCACUCUUAGUCCGCUAUUGACCAAAUUGGGCGGUCUCGGUGCCCUCGUUAACCAACUACUCGAAUUGGUCAAGAACCUCGUCAUCCAACUCGGCAAUGCUUUGGCCAACGGAAAUCUCCUCAGCGUCGUCAACAACUUAGUCGGCGGCCUUUUGGGUCAAUAA